CCCCCAUCACUUACCUUAUUUGGAGGAAGCUUCCCAUUCCGUUUCCCUACACCCUCACAGACUCAAAUAUUGCAUUGCACUCUACUACCCAACUCAGAAACAAGCAAGCAAGAAGAAGAAAAAGCCAUUCCCAUGGCUACCUCCGGCAGUUUAGAAGCUUGGUACCUUAAUUCUUGCAGAAAGCAUGAGGUAGAGCCCAAUUCAGCAGUUCUCUCAUGGUUUACUCAGGCCAAAGUUCAAAGUUCUCAGAAUGAGAAGUGUAGCAUAACAAUUUCAUUAGACCAGCUAAAGGAUGCUGACAUUUUGCCACUAAAGGACGUGCUUAUGUCAAGUGACUCAUCUCAUAUUCAUGCAGUUGACUUAUUUCUGGAAUUCCAUAGUGACCUGGGCACAGAAAGUGUUGUGGAUUUGAUGAAUGGACUCAAUGCAAAGCUUCGAGUUGUCGAUCUCCAGGAUUUGUCUUUGGGGAAAGAAUUUCUGCGGGAUCUUUGUCAGGGUUCCUUGGCUUGCCAAGUCUUCAACUUGCGGUCCAUUCAUAUCCAGAAACUCGACAUGAUUGGAAACUUUUUGCGACUACACACCCUUAAUCUUGAUUUUUGUACUUCACUCGGUAGUUUGCGAAGGGACUGUUUUUCUUGCAUGCCAAAUCUGACGCGCCUCUCAAUGUGUGAGACAAGAAUUUCCAAUCUCCUGACCACGACUGGUGCUCUGUCAAGACUUCCUUGUUUGCUAGAACUACGGUUCCAAAGCUGUUUAUGUUGCAAGGAAACUGGAUCAUGUCCUGGUUUAGAAGGGCAACAGAAAUUGCAGACUGAGACUCAAGAAAAAGAUGAAACCCUUGUAAGUGAGGGUAAAAAAGCCUCGAGGAAUGUGAGUAUUACAUUGAAGAACUUUGUAACUCAUCAUCCUUCACCCAUAUGCUUUGAGAAACAUUAUCGGGAGUAUAUCAUAUCUUCGCUGCCUGGUCUGGAAGUUUUAGAUAAUUUUCCUAUUAGAAUGACGGAGAGGGAAUUGGCCAAGAUGACGUCUGCAAAGUACUAUGAAUACUUACCUUAUAAGAGACGGCACAAAGAAAGUGUUGUUAGUGUUUUGAAUAAGCGUGAAAUGGGAACUAGUGGUGUACACUUCCAGAAACCAUUCAAGCCAAAACAAUUAUAUCCUCAUCGAAAUGGUCAGAAUUUUUUCUUGAGGUCUCUGUGUGCUGCCAAACUUGGGUCUUCAACUUGGCCACUGUUACAUCCACUUUCCAAUUUCAACCACACAUGUAAAGCAGAAAACAAGAAGCUUCGUCCAAGGCAGUUUGAGUAUCAUCCAUCAAACCCAAGUCUUAUGGUUUUCGGAACUCUGGAUGGUGAAGUAGUGGUUACUAACCAUGAAAACGGGAAGAUGGUUGGUUAUAUUCCAUGCAUAGGAGCAAUGAGUAGUGUCUUGGGGCUUUGUUGGCUCAACAAGUCUCCGUCCAAGCUUGUUGCUGGUUCAGAUAAGGGCUCCUUGAAGUUACUCGACAUCAACAACAUGUCACCAGAAGUUGCAGACUCUUGUUGCAGCUCUAGUGGUGCAACUUUUGAAGAUUUCGAGCAAUUGACUUCUCUUCAUGUAAAUUCAACUGAUGACCAGCUUCUUGCUAGUGGAUACUCCAAAGGCCUUGCUCUGUAUGACGUUGGCAGUGGAAAACGUUUAGAGUUGUUCAGUAAUCUUCACCGAGAACCGAUCAAUGUUGCCAAAUUUGCACACCAUUCCCCUUAUAUGUUUGCUACUUCAUCCUUUGACCAUGAUGUGAAGAUGUGGGAUUUGAGACAGAGCCCAAGGAAACCGUGCUAUACAGCUUCUAGCUCGAGAGGAAAUGUGAUGGCUUGCUUUUCUCCUGAUGACCAUUAUUUGCUUGUUUCAGCUGUUGACAACGAGGUUAAGCAACUUUUGGCGGCAGAUGGGAGGCUGCACAUGAGUUUUGAGAUAGCUUCAACAGGAAGUCCUCAUAACUAUACGCGGUCGUACUACAUGAAUGGAAGGGACUACAUCAUCAGUGGAAGUUGCGAUGAGGACGUGAUUCGCAUCUGCUGUGCUCAAACUGGAAAGCGACUUAGGGAUGUUUAUUUGGAGGAUGAAUCAGGAAAUUCAAUAUUCGUGCAGUCCUUAAGGGGCGAUCCUUUCAGGCAUUUUAACAUGAGUAUAUUAGCCACUGCUACACGCCCAAGCUUCAAGUGGGAGAUUAUCAAGGUCAACUUACUUGCAUCGAGUGACUCUGCAGAAGAACAUUGUUAUGGCCAGUGUUUGCAGCCUUCUUGCUGUCUGGGAGGUUGAUAUAGGAUCAGAAAUGUGUCUCUGUGCAUUGUAUAUGUUGGAAUAGUAAGGCUUUUAUGGGAUGGUUGAGUUUUAGACCAUAAACCGAGUGGUGUGGAUAUGCAUUCGAGUGUUGUCUGUAUCAACGGAAUCUGUCUGUACUAGAAAUUUUAAGCAAAAUUUGUUUACCAAUCUAAACAAGGAAAUCACUUUGCAAUUUG